CUUGCAGCGCCCUGGGAUACCCCUUCACUCCGUGGACCUCUCCGCUGCACGCUGCCCUCCGCAGUCGGGGACGCGGGCUCGGUGAGGGGGGACGCUGGUGCCUCGGCCUGCACCUGGGCGGGAGGCAGACGCAUGCACCUUUGGCCUACGUUUCGGCUGCCGGACCGGCGGGACAGUGACGGUUGGGCCGGGCGGGGGCGCAGGCUGUGGGGCGGCCUCAGGGCGCGAGCGGGGUGACUGCCGCGCUGCCCGCGCCUCUGCGCCUGGCCCAGCCUCUGAGCUGAGCUCCGCCUGGUUGGGAUUAAUUGCACGCCUCUGUGUCAUUGGGCUUUGGCCGGGCGUGAUGAGACAGACUGUUAGGGGAUCACGUCCUUCUUUCCUCCCCUCUUCUCUGGGGACUUCCACCUCUUGAGGGACAGGCCCUCUCCGUGCUUCCCUCUGGAGUUUCUUGCAAUGUGCUUGUGAAGUGACCGGUGAUGUUUCCUUUAUGUGCAUUGUGAUGGGCGGUUCUGUUUCUCCUUUUCGUUUAAAAUUCUGACCCAGGAAGUAACCUUGUUAACUUAAUGCUUAAUGCCCUUGUCUUCCGUUUACUCACUUGAUUUGGUUUCUGCUAGGUUGCGUUCAUUUAUUCCUAAUAGUUUACCUACGUUCUUUGCCUAUGAUUUCAUUAUCAACAGAACGUGAAAUGAGACGAAUGUUAAUACACUCUACUUUUACUUUGCUGUUACUUUCAGAGUUUGUUUAGUAAAACAUGAGGACUUCUUCAAGGCAGUCGUUUGGAGAACAGCUGUUUAUAUGACCAUAUUUCCAUUUGCUGUUACUAUUUUGAGGUCAUUCGACUGGCAUUUUUACUGCUCCAAAAUCAACUUUUUCUCCAAAUUUCAGUUUUCUGGGCAAAAACGGUCAGCCUUGAACAAUAAUAUACCAAAUGCUACCUAGUUUUAAAGUAUAUCUUAAAGUGCCAAGAGUAAAUGAUGAGUUUUGGGGAAGUUUGACUCGGCUUUGGGUUCCACGGCGUGUGCUUUUAAAUGUGUUUAAUUGUAUACAUAGACCUACGAUUAAUGACUAUAGUCAGUAAUCUUUUAUGUACCUAGGAAUGUAAUUAGUGAGUCCAGAUGUGAAAUUUGAGGUCACUACUUUGAGGAAAUAGCAAAAGAAAUUGCAAAUAUAGCUACUCAGUUCAAAUAUGGUAGAAGAAAAGAUAACAUAUUGUCUUUACUUGAGAUGAUGGAGGAGGGGUGGGUAAUGCGAUAAUGUGAGAAAUUAAAGGAAAUUUCCUUUAGGAAUGUGUUAUUUCCAUGAAUGGUUUACAAGUGUAAUCUUUUCUGGAGAAGAGACUAAGUAUUAGGUUACAUCUUGAGGAAUCUUCCUGUGGGUUUGUUACCUUUGCACCCUUAGCAAAGCUCUGUUGAAGCACUUAACACUAUCAUAGUUGACAGGGAUUGUCAGCUCCCUGAGGGGAGCUGCCUUAUUUAUUUUUGCAUUCUUGGUGCCAAGUAGAGGGUUCUUCAUGGUUUGUGUUUGAUAAUGAAUGUUGCAUGAAUGAUCUUUGCGUAAUUUCUGAGUUUUCUUUGGAUUAGGCCCUUCUAAAUAGGGACAAUUGUUGAAGAAUUUUCUAUAAAUUUUAAUAGUUUACAUGUCUGUAUAUGAAUGAAUAACUUAGUAAUUACAAGGCUAGACUUGGAGAGGAUAGUUGGGAGACUUGUGUGAUAGUUUAGAAUAAAAAGUGAUGGGCAACAGGCAUUAGGAAUAUAGAAGUGGGUCUCAGCUCCAGAGGUGUAUUUGACGUUAGAAGCAUUAGAAUUUGGUGAGAGAGCAGGAGGGAUCAGGAUGGUCCUAGGUGUCCGGCUUGUAUUGACAGUUAAUAGGGAUGGAUUUGGGUGAAGACUAAAGAUAACGGCAGGAAUGAAUGGAGGAAAGGUAACAAGUUUGGUUUUGUAUUUUGUAUUGCAUUCGGGGGUAAGGUAGAUGUCAGAGAGCCAUUUGGAAGUAUGGUCGUUCCCUCAAGUUAUCCGUGGGAUUGGUUCCAGGACCUGCCCCUGCCCCUGCCCCAGGAUGCCAGAAUCCUCUGGAUGCUCAAGUUCCUUACAUAGAUUGGUGUAGUAUUUACAUAUAACCGUAGUAUUUACAUACAGAUGCAUAUGCUCCUGUAUAUUUAUUUAAGACAAGGUUUCUCUUUGUUGCCCAGGCUGGAUUGCAGUGGCUAUUCACAUGCGUGGUCAUAGCUCACUGCAGCCUCAAACUUUUGGGCUCAAGCUGUCCUUCCACCAUGACCUCCUGAGUAGCUGGGAUUCCAAGGCAUGCACCACCGGGAGGUGGAAUUAGUGCAGAGGAAAGAAUACCCUGGGGCCAGACUUGCCUAGAUGGGAGUCCUCUGGCCUCAUUUGUGCUGUGUGGACUGGAAACGUCUCUUAAUUCUCUCAGCCUCAGUUUCCUCAAUAAUAGGGAUGACGGCUACCUUACAAAUUGGACAUGGGGAUUAGAAAAAUGUAUGUGAAAUAAUUAGCACAUUACUUAAUAAUAGACACUGAGUAUCAGCAAACUAGGGGUUAUAGAUUCUUUCUUACAACUCGUUUUUUCAAUUUGUAUUUCCAGUUCUCUGUCAGGUAUUGGGAAUAUGUGGAUGAACAAGAUAGACAUUUCCCCAAGAAGCUGCUCUUCUAAAUUUAUAGGGGUUAAAGUUAAAGUUGAGUUUACCCACUGGCUGAGAAUGUUGUCAUUCAUUCGUUUCACAGUUACUUACUGAGUACCCGCUGUGUACUAGGCAUUGUUCUAAGUGUUAAGGAAAUAGUGAUGGACAGAUAGGCAAGGCCCCUGCUCUUAGGGAGAAAUUAUUUCAUUGGAAGAAGACAGAUAAAUACAAGAAUAAAUAGUGAUAAAUGCUGAAUAAAUUUAAAUGGAUGUGAUUGACUGUGGCGCUUUUUGACUUAAUAAGAGAUAAACUUCUCUUAGAAGGUAACAUAUAAAUUGAGGUGAAUGUCGGGAAGGAAGGAGCUAGCUAGGCAAAGAUCUGGGAGAGGAAUAUUCUAGACCCUGUGGUAGGGGUGGGCUUUGGGGGUGUUACAAGAAUAGAAAAUCUAGUAUGUGGUGAAUGAGCCUGAGAGGGUGGGAGAGAGUGACAGGCCUCAUAGAGUUUUCAGAAGAGGCACGGCACUUGAUUCAUAGUUAAUGGUCUUUUUGCUUGCUUCUUGGAUAAUUAAUUGUAGGGCGGCAAGAAUAAAAACAUGGAGAAGGGUGAGGAGGCUUUUCAGUAGGGUAAGGUGGUAGUAAUGGAGAGAGGAAGAUAUAGACUAUUUCAGGGUAUGUUUGGAACAUAGACAUGUUUUGUCCUCAGGAAUGGACUACACCAGUAGAUGUGUUUUGUUUGACAACAGUGUUUGUAUUGAAUUUAACUAGCUUUAGGUAGAGCCUAUAAUUUCCAGCUGACUUCAGUCCUUAUAAUUCUGUUUUCUAACAAUAUUUGUUCCUGAAGACAUUUGAGUUGAGAUCCCUAGUGUGUAAGAAGUAAAUUGCAUGAUGCAAAGUCUGAGGUCAGAAUUCUGGGUAACCCUAACAUAUGAGGAGCAAAUAAAGGAAGAGGAUGUCAGAUGAGUUGUGAAAGUAUGAAUUGUGGAGUAUUCUUCUAAGAUGCCUGGCCGUGAAGGGAAGGUGAGAAGGUGGUGGCAGGACAUGCAAAUGAAAGAUCAGGGCAGGUUGUUUCCUGCCUCCUCCAUCCUAACAUGGGAGAAUUUUGAACAUGUUUGUGGAAAUCAAGAAGAGAGAAUAGUUGGAAAUAUCAAAGAGAAGAAAAUGCUGGGGCAUGAUCUGAGAGCAGAGUGCUUAUAUGAUGGUGAUGAAUUUGCUGUGUAUUGACAUAAUUUGAAAAUUUUUAUUCAUUCAUUCACUCAGGUUUAUUGAGCGUCUCGUGCCAGCACUUUUCUAGCUGGGAAUGCAGUGGCAAACCAAAUGGUCAAAGUUCCUGCCCUCAUAGAGCUUACAUUCUAAUGUGGGGAGAAAAAGAGGCAAUCACCCAGAGACGGUGAGUUGAUGGAAGAAGAUGAAGAUCAAGCCCUGGAGGCUUCCACUCUGUGGAGGUCCAGGAGAUAAGGAGGAACUGGCCAAGGAGAAGGAAAAGCAGCAGCUGGUGGAGUUGGAGGAGAACCAGACAGCUGUGUCUGAGAAACGAAGCCAAGAAAGUAUUUCCCCAAGGAAGGAGUAAUCACCUGAAUGUUAGGCUACAGAAACAGGACUGGAGUGAGAUGGAAGAUUUUCGAGGUAUAGCAGAAGAAUCAUUUCCAAGCUUUCUCACCAAUUCAUUAUUUGGUAACAGUGGGAUUUUGGAAAAUGUCACUCUUUCUUCAAAUCUUGGCUUGCCUGUUGCUGUUUCCACACUUGCUAGGAAUAGAUCCAGCACUGAUAACAGGUAUCCUGAUAUCCAGGCAUCUUACUUAGUAGAAGGGAGAUUUUCAGUCCCAUCCGGGUCAUCUCCUGGAAGCCAGAGUGAUGCUGAACCAAGAGAGAGGUUACAGCUUAGCUUCCAGGAUGAUGAGAAAAAGAGCUAUGUGGAAAGUCAACGUUUGUCAAAUGCUCUCCGCAAACAGUCAGCUUUACAAAUGGAGACAGCAGGACCAGAAGAGGAGCCAGCUGGAGCUACAGAAUCCUUGCAGGGCCAAGAUCUCUUCAACAGGACUUCACCAGUGGAACAAGCACAAGACUCACCUAUUGAUUUUCAUUUACAGUCAUGGAUGAAUAAUAAGGAACCCGAGAUUGUUGUGCUUGAUGCUGGAAAACAUUUUGAAGACAAGACUCUAAACAGUGACCUAAGCCACACUAGCUUAUUAGAAAAUGAGAAACUUAUGUUAUCAACAAGCUUGGAAGAUUCUUCUGAUGAUGAUAUUGAUGAUGAAAUGUUUUAUGAUGAUCAUUUGGAGGCUUAUUUUGAACAACUGGCAAUUCCAGGAAUGAUAUAUGAAGACCUAGAAGGACCAGAACCGCCAGAAAAAGGUUUUAAGUUACCUACAAAUGGUCUUAGUCAGGCAAAUGAAAACGGUAGCUUAAACUGCAAGUUUCAAUCAGAAAAUAACAGCUCUCUGAUUUCCCUCGACUCACACUCUUCUGAAACAACUCACAAAGAGUCUGAGGAAAGCCAAAUUAUUUGUCUACCUGGGACUAGUAAUUCUAUAGGUACUGGAGGUAGUAGAAGGCACACAGAUGGUGUGUUACCGUUUUCCUCUGGUACUUGGGGAACUGAGAAAGAAAUAGAAAAUUUGAAGGGUAUUGUUCCAGAUCUUAACAGCGAAAGUGCAAGUAAAGAUGUUCUGGUGAAGACCCUCAGGGCUAUUGACGUGAAACUUAACUCUGAUAAUUUUCAUGAUGCAAAUGCCAAUAAAGGUGGUUUUGACCUGACUGACCCUGUAAAACAGGGGGCAGAGUGUCCUCAUCAAAAUAAGACAGUUUUGCACAUGGAUGGAUGUUUAGACACUGAGACUCGUACAGUGUCCAUUCAAGAAAAUGCGGAUGUAGCCUCUUUGAAGCCUAUUAGUGACAGUGGAAUUAAUUUCACUGAUGCCAUUUGGUCACCAACUUGUGAAAGGCGAACAUGUGAAUGUCACGAGUCCAUCGAAAAGAAUAAAGACAAAACAGAUCUCCCACAGAGUGUGGUCUAUCAAAAUGAAGAGGGUAGAUGGGUCACAGACCUUGCCUAUUACACAUCUUUUAAUAGCAAACAAAAUUUAAAUAUGUGUCUAAGUGAUGAGAUGAAUGAAGACUUCAGAUCUGGUUCUGAAGCAUUUGAUUUGAUUGCACAAGAUGAAGAAGAAUUUAAUAAAGAGCAUCAAUUUAUACAGGAAGAAAACAUAGAUGCUCAUAAUACUUCGGUUGCACUGGGCGAUACGUCCUGGGGAGCUACAGUUAAUUACAGUCUGUUGAGGAAAUCACAUAGCACAUCAGAUUUGGAUAAAGAUGAUGCCAGUUAUUUACGUCUAUCUUUAGGAGAGUUCUUUGCUCAAAGAUCUGAAGCUCUUGGUUGCCUUGGUGGUGGUAACAAUGUGAAAAGACCAUCAUUUGGCUAUUUUAUUAGAUCACCAGAGAAGAGAGAACCUAUUGCCUUAAUAAGAAAAUCUGAUGUAUCAAGAGGUAAUUUGGAAAAAGAAAUGGCUCAUCUUAACCAUGAUCUGUAUUCAGGAGAUUUAAAUGAACAAUCCCAGGCACAGCUAAGUGAAGGAUCAAUUACACUUCAGGUUGAAGCAGUAGAGAGUACUUCACAAGUGGAUGAAAAUGAUGUGACGUUAACGGCUGAUAAAGGCAAAACAGAGGACACUUUCUUCAUGAGCAACAAACCCCAAAGAUACAAAGACAAGCUACCAGAUAGUGGUGAUUCUGUGCUUAGGAUCAGCACCAUUGCUUCAGCCAUUGCAGAGGCAUCAGUUAAUACUGAUCCUUCCCAACUUGCUGCUAUGAUCAAGGCACUUUCAAAUAAAACCAGAGACAAGACUUUUCAGGAAGAUGAGAAACAAAAGGACUACUCUCAUGUGCAUCAUUUCUUACCUAAUGAUUUAGAAAAAAGUAAUGGAUCCAAUGCGUUUGAUAUGGAGAAAUACCUUAAAAAAACAGAAGUUAGUAGAUAUGAAAGUACAUUGGAAAACUUUUCAAGGGCUGGUAUGUCUGAUACUUGGGAUUUAUCUUUGCCCAAAGAACAAACUACUCAAGACAUUCAUCCAGUGGACUUAAGUGCUACUAGUGUAAGUGUGAGGGUACCAGAAGAAAACACAGCAGCUAUUGUUUAUGUUGAAAAUGGAGAGAGUGAGAAUCAAGAGUCAUUUAGAACCACAAACUCUUCAAAUUCAGUUACAAAUAGAGAGAAUAGCAGUGCAGUAGUUGAUGUGAAGACAUGCUCCAUUGCCAACAAAUUACAAGAUGUUGGUAACAAUAAAAAAGCUACCUCAAUUUCCGCUCCAUCUGAUAGUUAUUCAUCAGUGAGGAACCUCAGAAUAACAUCCCUUUGUCUGUUAAAAGAGUGUGAAGAAAUACGAGAUAAUAGAGAAAAUCAGAGGCAAAAUGAGUGUGUCAGUGAAAUAAGCAACAAUGAGAAGCAUGUGACUUUUGAAAACCAUUGCAUAGUCUCACCUAAAAAUAGUGAUUUGAAAAAUACCUCUCCUGAGCAUGGUGGACGUGGCUCAGAGGAUGAGCAGGAGAGCUUCAGACCUUCCACAUCACCACUGAGUCAUUCUUCUCCUAGUGAAAUUUCUGGAACAAGUUCAUCAGGGUGUGCGUUAGAGUCCUUUGGUUCAGCAGCUCAGCAGCAGCAGCCUCCCUGUGAGCAGGAGUCGUCUCCCUUGGUGUGCUCGCCUGCUGGGGUGAGCAGGCUGACGUAUGUGUCUGAACCAGAGAGCUCCUAUCCUACCACAGCCACAGAUGAUGCCCUGGAGGACCGCAAGAGUGAUAUCACCAGCGAGUUGAGUACCACAAUUAUUCAAGGCAGUCCAGCCGCAUUGGAGGAACAGGCUAUGGAAAAAUUGAGAGAAAAAGUUCCAUUUCAGAAUAGAGGAAAAGGAACAUUAUCAUCUAUUAUCCAGAAUAACUCUGAUACAAGAAAAGCAACUGAAACUACUUCUCUGAGUAGCAAGCCUGAAUAUGUAAAACCUGACUUUAGAUGGAGUAAAGAUCCUUCCUCCAAAAGUGGAAAUCUGUUGGAAACCAAUGAGGUAGGUUUGACAUCAAACCCUGAGGAAUUGGACCCAAUCAGGCUGGCUCUCCUGGGCAAGUCAGGUCUGAGCUGUCAGGUGGGGUCAGCCACAUCACGCCCUGUGUCCUGCCGGGAGCCUAUAGAUGAAGAUCAAAGAAUAAUUCCUAAAGAUAAGUCAACUGCUGGCUGUGAGUUCAGUGGCCAGGUUUCUCAUCAGACCACCUCUGAAAACCAGUGUACUCCUAUUCCCAGCAGCACAGUUCACAGCUCUGUGGCUGACAUGCAGAACAUGCCUGCUGCUGCGCACGCACUCUUGACACAACCCUCUCUCAGCGCUGCUCCCUUUGCUCAGCGGUAUUUGGGAACACUCCCUUCAGCUGGAAGCACCACCUUGCCUCAGUGCCAUGCUAGCAGUGCCACAGUCUGUGGCUUCUCAGGAGGCCUUCCCUAUCCAGCUGUUGCAGGAGAGCCUGUGCAGAACUCUGUGGCUGUGGGAAUUUGUCUAGGAUCAAAUAUCGGCUCUGGAUGGAUGGGUACCUCUUCCCUCUGUAACCCAUAUUCUAAUACCUUAAAUCAGAACCUGCUAAGCACAACAAAACCUUUUCCUGUGCCGUCUGUUGGUACAAACUGUGGAAUUGAACCGUGGGAUUCAGGAAUGACAUCAGGAUUGGGGAGUGUCCGAGUGCCCGAGGAGUUGAAGCUUCCUCAUGCUUGCUGUGUCGGGAUCGCUUCCCAGACCCUCCUCAGUGUGCUCAAUCCAACUGACCGCUGGCUGCAAGUCAGCAUCGGGGUCCUCAGCAUUAGUGUUAAUGGUGAAAAGGUGGAUCUUUCAACAUAUCGUUGUUUAGUUUUCAAGAAUAAAGCCAUCAUAAGACCUCAUGCCACAGAAGAGAUAAAAGUGCUUUUUAUACCAUCCAGUCCUGGGGUUUUCAGAUGCACAUUCAGUGUUGCUUCUUGGCCAUGUUCGACAGAUGCUGAGACCAUCGUACAGGCAGAAGCUUUGGCCAGCACCGUCACUCUCACUGCCAUUGCCGAGAGUCCUGUUAUCGAGGUAGAAACAGAAAAGAAAGAUGUUCUUGAUUUUGGUGACUUGACUUAUGGAGGCUGGAAAGCCCUCCCACUAAAAUUGAUAAACCGAACGCAUGCCACUGUGCCAAUUAGACUGAUUAUUAAUGCUAACGCUGUAGCGUGGCGCUGUUUCACGUUUUCCAAGGAACCCGUCCGAGCUCCUGUGGAAGUUGCUCUUUGCGCUGAUGUGGUCACUCGGCUAGCAGGCCCUUCUGUGGUCAACCACAUGAUGCCUGCUAGUUAUGAUGGACAGGAUCCAGAAUUUCUGAUGAUUUGGGUUCUUUUCCAUAGUCCAAAGAAACAGAUCAGCUCUUCAGAGAUUCUGGACUCAGCAGAAGAAUUCUCGGCAAAAGUUGAUAUAGAAGUUGACAGCCCAAACCCUAUGCCCAUUCUUAGAAGUGUGAAUCUCCAAGCAAGGGCAGGCAUAGCUAGGAUCCACGCUCCCAGGGACUUGCAGACGAUGCAUUUCUUGGCCAAAGUGGCUUCCUCAAGAAAGCAGCACUUACCUUUGAAAAAUGCUGGGAACAUUGAAGUUUAUUUGGAUAUCAAGGUCCCAGAACAAGGAGGUCACUUUUCAGUGGAUCCAAAGAAUCUAUUCCUUAAACCUGGAGAAGAACAUGAGGUUAUUGUUUCAUUUACUCCAAAGGAUCCUGAAGCCUGCGAGGAAAGGAUCUUGAAAAUAUUUGUGCAACCAUUUGGACCUCAGUAUGAAGUAGUGUUAAAAGGCGAAGUCAUUUCUUCAGGAAGUAAACCUCUGUCACCUGGACCUUGCUUAGAUAUUCCAUCGAUUUUGUCCAACAAACAAUUUCUGGCUUGGGGAGGAGUCCCUCUUGGUAGAACACAGCUUCAGAAACUAGCUUUAAGAAAUAAUUCUGCAUCCACAACUCAACAUUUACGACUGCUUAUUAGAGGACAAGAUCAGGACUGCUUUCAGCUUCAGAACACUUUUGGUUCAGAACAGCGAUUGACCAGUAACUGUGAGAUCAGAAUUCACCCGAAGGAAGACAUUUUCAUCUCUGUGUUAUUUGCACCUACUCGAUUAUCUUGCAUGUUGGCUAGACUAGAAAUCAAACAACUUGGAAAUCGAUCACAACCAGGCAUUAAGUUCACAAUACCUUUGUCUGGAUAUGGAGGAACAAGCAAUCUUAUUUUGGAAGGCGUUAAAAAAUUAUCUGACAGUUACAUGGUAACAGUGAAUGGCUUAAAACCUGGCAAAGAAAGUAAAGUUGUUUUUUCUGUCCGCAACACUGGCUCCCGAGCAGCUUUUGUUAAAGCAGUAGGUUUUAAGGAUUCUCAGAAAAAAGUUUUGCUGGAUCCUAAAGUAUUGAGGAUUUUUCCAGAUAAAUUUGUACUCAAGGAAAGAACACAAGAAGAUGUUACUUUAAUAUAUAAUCCAUCAGACAGAGGAAUCAAUAAUAAAACUGCAACAGAACUAUCAACUGUAUACUUAUUUGGUGGAGAUGAAAUUUCAAGACAGCAGUAUCGCAGGGCCCUGUUACAUAAACCAGAGAUGUUAAAACAGAUACUUCCAGAACAUAGUGUGCUUCAAAACAUUAAUUUUGUUGAAGCAUUUCAAGAUGAGCUAUUAGUAACUGAAGUAUAUGAUCUUCCCCAACGACCUAAUGAUGUUCAGCUCUUUUAUGGAAGCAUGUGUAAAAUUAUACUUUCAGUAAUUGGAGAAUUCAGAGAUUGCAUUUCUAGCAGAGAAUUCCUUCAGCCUUCUUCCAGAGCUAGCUUGGACUCUACAAGCGACUUGGGAGCUUCUGGGAAACAUGGUGGCAACGUCUCUUUGGAUGUUUUACCGGUCAAAGGUCCUCAGGGUUCUCCUCUUCUCUCACAGGCGGCUCGCCCGCCUCCGGAUCAGCUGGCCUCCGAAGAGCCAUGGACUGUCCUACCUGAGCACUUGAUUCUGGUAGCUCCUUCUCCUUAUGACAUGGCGAAAACUGGACGUUUCCAGAUUGUGAAUAACUCUCUGAAGUUACUGAGAUUUGAGCUGUGCUGGCCAGCGCAUUGCCUCACAGUCACGCCGCAACAUGGAAAUGUCGCGCCAGAGAGUAAACUACAAAUUCUUGUGAGUCCUAAUUCCUCCUUAUCCACAAAACAGUCAAUGUUCCCGUGGAGCGGUUUGAUCUAUAUACACUGUGAUGAUGGACAGAAGAAAAUUGUGAAAGUUCAAAUUCGAGAAGAUUUAACUCAAGUGGAACUUUUAACUCGUUUGACCUCCAAACCAUUUGGAAUUCUUUCCCCAGUAUCUGAGCCUUCAGUUAGUCAUUUGGUCAAACCAAUGACAAAACCGCCUUCCACAAAAGUUGAAAUAAGAAACAAGAGUAUUACUUUUCCUACAACAGAACCUGGUGAAACUUCAGAGAGCUGUCUGGAACUCGAGAAUCAUGGCACCACAGACGUAAAAUGGCAUCUGUCAUCUUUAGCGCCACCUUAUGUCAAGGGAGUUGAUGAAAGUGGAGAUGUUUUUAGAGCUACCUAUGCAGCAUUCAGAUGUUCUCCUAUUUCUGGUCUACUGGAAAGCCAUGGGAUCCAAAAAGUCUCCAUCACAUUUUUGCCCAGAGGUAGGGGGGAUUAUGCCCAGUUUUGGGAUGUUGAAUGUCACCCUCUUAAGGAGCCUCACAUGAAACACACGUUGAGAUUCCAACUCUCUGGACAAAGCAUCGAAGCAGAAAAUGAGCCUGAAAACGCAUGCCUUUCCACGGAUUCCCUCAUUAAAAUAGAUCAUUUAGUGAAGCCCCGAAGACAAGCUGCGUCAGAGGCCUCUGCUCACAUACCUGACAGGCAGCUUGAUGUGACUGCUCGUGGAGUUUAUGCCCCAGAGGAUGUGUACAGGUUCCUGCCGACUAGUGUGGGGGAAUCACGGACACUUAAAGUCAAUCUGCGAAAUAAUUCUUUUAUUACACACUCACUGAAGUUUUUGAGUCCCAGAGAGCCAUUCUAUGUCAAACAUUCCAAGUACUCUUUGAGAGCCCAGCAUUACAUCAACAUGCCCGUGCAGUUCAAACCGAAGUCCGCAGGCAAAUUUGAAGCUUUGCUUGUCAUUCAAACAGAUGAAGGCAAGAGUAUUGCUAUUCGACUAAUUGGUGAAGCUCUUGGAAAAAAUUAACUAAAAUACAUUUUUGUGUAAAUUACAUAAGUUGUAUUUUGUUAACUUUAUCUUUCUACACUACAAUUAUGCUUUUGUAUAUAUAUUUUGUAUGAUGGAUAUCUAUAAUUGUAGAUUUUUUUUUACAAGCUAAUACUGAAGACUUGACUGAAAUAUGUAUCUAGCCUACAGUAUUGUACUUAACUUUUACAGGUGAGAAGAGUUCUGUGUUUGCAUUGAUUAUGAUAUUCUGAAUAAAUAUGGAAUAUAUUUUAAUGCGGUAUAUCCAGAAA